CUCACUUAUCCCCGUGAGGCUGCAUCUGCAUUAUACAGAAGGGCCAACAUCAUAUCACAUAUCGAAAGACACAAACCAACAGCAGCAUGUCCACCAACAACAUUACAUUCUUUGAUAUUCCGAGCAGGGCACCCCAGGUUUGCUGGUCCAUGAAUACCUGGAGAACGAGAUUACUUCUGAAUUAUAAAGGCCUUGAUUAUAAGACCGAAUGGCUCGAAUAUCCCGAAAUCAAGGAACGCCUUAGUGAACAUGUAUCCCCAAACGAACGAGGCGCCCCCUUUACCCUCCCAGCCAUUCAAAUGCCAGACGGCUCAUACAUAAUGGACUCUUACAAGAUCGUCGAUGUCAUCGAGGAAAAGCACCCUGAGCCGAGUUUACACUUGAACAGCCCAAUGCAGGACCGGCUGAGAGCAUCCAUGAUAAAAUUCAUGACGGAAAUGGUUCCAAUUUACGUCCCCGGUGUAGCCAAAAACAUCAUCGGCGAAAAAAGUCUCGAUUUCUUCCUCGAAACGCGUUUACAAGACGUGGGAAUGCCUCUCUACGAGUACGGAGAAAAGAACUCCCCAGGAGCAUUUGACAGAGCGGAGCCGUUUGCGCGUGAGAUCACGGCGUUGCUGGAGGAGAAUACGUCUGGGCCGUUCUUGUUGGGCGAUGUAGUGAGCUAUGCUGAUUUCAUCUGGGCGGGUAUUUUGCUGUUUUUCCAGUGUCUUGGCGAUGCGGAAUACAAGGAGGUGCUGAGAAUAACCGGGAAUGGAGAGGUUCACACCAAUUUUCUGGAUGGGCUGAGACCUUGGACAGAGCGCAAUACCUGACGCUAUCGAUAAGGGAUGCAAGCGAAAUGAUGUUGGAUGAAUUUAGGCUAAUUACCCUGUUCAAGUCGACUUGUAGUUCAGCUGAUUGGGCAUUUAUAACUUUGAUAUAUCUCGAUGCAUAGUAUUUAGCAAUAGAGUAUCUAUUCAUUGACU